UUCCAAAUCAUGUCAAGCAGAGCUCUUCAAAAUGGCUGAAAGCUCACAGUCAAGGCUACUGGACAGCGUCAGAUUAUGGCUAAGAACCGGAUUACCACUGCUAAUCCAAUUACGCAUCCUGUGUUGGAAUCGUCUGUCAAACUGGACUGAUCCUGAGGUUAACCUUUUGAGGUGUGGGAAUCGCCACGAAAUCAAAUGAAAAUUAAGCUUUUACAUAUUUGUGCGUAUUUGAUUUAAUCUCACAUUAGCCCUAGAAUAAAAGAAAUUGCCAAUCUCCGGUUAGUAACAUAAAGUAGAGUAGUGAAGCAACCGGAAAUGGAAAAAAAACACAAUUGAUGACGACUUGACUCCACCUCACGAUGCCAUUUAGCAACAGAUGAGCAGCGUUUCAUGUGCAUUCGGAGCAGCCGGAGCUCAGCGCUUCCAUCGCCGGGGUGUCCUACAGGAAAGCUCCCCGCUGUCCGUGAGGGUGUCCGGGCUGCAGUUGGUCCCCCUGCGCCGUGGCUGACGGCAGCUGUGCGCGUUAGCGGCGUCCUCGUCCACACCGCGUGUUGUCGCUGGCCGCGGAGACUUUCUGGAAACGGCGGGUUCGCUAUGGAUGCGCUCUGGAUGGUACCGCUGCUGCUGCUGCCGCUCCUGAUGUGGGGCAGCAGCGCGUUUGUGUUUUAUUUCAAGAAGUUCUUCUACGUCGCCUGGAUGAUGGUGCUGGCCCUGGUUUCCAUACCGCUGUGCAUACUGAAAAGCGGCGGCAGGGAUGUCGAGAACAUGAGGAUUAUUCGCUUCAUGGUUCGUCAUGUGAAGUAUUUUCUGGGCCUCCGAUUCGAGGUGAGCGGGUGGGAGCAUCUGCAGACGGAGGGGCCCUAUGUCAUCAUCUCCAACCACCAGAGCUCCCUGGAUGUUUUAGGCCUAAUGGAGAUCUUGCCAGACCGCUGCACCAUGAUUGCCAAAAAGGAGCUGAUCUACGCUGGCACCGUGGGCCUCAUCUGCUGGCUGGGAGGCAUCGUCUUCAUCAACCGCAAGAAAACCAGCGACGCCAAGAGCGUCAUGGCCGACGCUGCCAAGACCAUGUUGGACGAACAGAUUCGUCUUUGGGUGUUCCCGGAAGGAACGCGGAACCAGAAAGGUGACCUGCUGCCCUUCAAAAAAGGCGCCUUCCACCUGGCGGUGCAGGCACAAGUGCCCAUCAUUCCUGUUGUUUUCUCCUCCUACAGCAAUUUCUACCUACGGAAAGAAAAGCAGUUUAAAUCAGGAACCAUCAGAUUAAAGAUACUUCCAAAGAUUGAGACAAAGGGGAUGACAUGCAACGACGUGUCCUCCCUCUCUGAAAAAUCCUUCAACCUGAUGCGCUCGGUCUUCCUGGACAUGUCUGACUCUGUAACCCAGAGCAACGGGCCCAUGAGGCACUGAACAUUUCCCAUACUCGCCUCCCUCUUUCUCCUACAGUAUGUCCCAUCUGAGACCCAUUCGUCCCCUAGACCUCCCCGCCGCCCACAGGUUGUCCUAUUACGGCCAGGAAACAUGACAUCGGUCUCUUGUCAUGACGUCUCUUCUUCGUCUAUUUGACACCUGGUCCAGUCCACCUUUGGCCUGACCAUAUACAGCACAGUUAGUCCUGACCCUCACUGUGUCUGCAGCAGCGGAGCUGCUCUGCACGCCGUGAGCGGAGUGACGGACGGCGAACCGAACAGUACGGAUGUGUUUGGUUGCUCAUGCAUGCCUUUUGGAUGGCUCUGUCCGCCUUCAUCCUUGCUUUGUUUCUGGCUACGGAAGCCUGGCUUUGUCUUUAUCGGCAUUUUGUACUUUGGUUUGGCUUUCUUCCUCCUUCUGCUUUCUGUUUCACAGAUGAACCUUGGCAUUUUCACUAUUCUGAUCAUAAAUGUCAGAUAUUUAUAUAAAUCUUUCAUGCUGCCUUAGUUCUAGUUAUCUUUGGAUGAUCAUGCACAGACGCACAGACAUUCAAAGUACCCGAUCUCCUUCCUGCUUCUCUUUUCAGCGUAUGUGCCCCCCCCCCCCCCCCCCCCAUUUGCAUUCCACUCUUGCCUAAUAACAAAUGGAGCAGGGUUUCCAAGCAAUGGUGUGUGUGGAGGUUAGAAGUUGAUAUGGGUCGACCAUGGAGUUCUUUACUGCUGUUGCUGUGAGUUCGACUCCAUGUUGGCUUUUCAACUCCAUGACCAAUAGCUUCAUGACAAACCUUAUGAUGUCAGAAAGCAAGGAAUUUAAGGUUAGGAGAUACAGUGUGUAACAGCACCCACCUGUACUGAAUUAAUGGACUUAAAUGGACUAAUCAGUUUUCAGUGUUGUCUGUGUAUCAUUGUGCAUUUUAUUUUAUUAUAGUCUUUUUUUCCCCAAAAAUAUUAGAAACACCCCACAUGCAGCUUUAUGCAGCCAAAUGUUAUUUGGCUCUAUUUAUUUUUUACAUUUAGAUGCUUUUUUUUUUUUUUUUUUCCCUUGAAGAACCCACACGUGAACCAAUUGAAAAUGUGUCAAAAGAAAGAAGUGCAAUGUUCAGUUUUGCAGUUUUUCGAAUGACUGUUCCAAAGUGCGAGCUACCUGAUGUGCCAUGACAAAGUGUUUUUCCUGAUCCCUGCAGUCGUCCUCCGACUGAAUGCCCUGCUGUAAUGUUCUUUUACUAACACUGCAAGGUUGUGGUGAUCUCUAAUGUUGGGGCGAGACCUUGGCGAGCGUGUGUGCGCUUGCGGAUGGGUUUUACUUCUGUACUAAUUACUUGCAGUCCUCAUAUUCUGAAGUCUCCAUCUCACAGCGUCCUUAUUUACAUGCAUUUCAUUAACUCCUAAUGUGAAUGGUUACCCCCCCUACAUUUUUUUUUUUUUUUUUUGUAUUAGUGACUGAAGUUGAAUAAUAGCAUCGUAGUCGUGGUGUUCUGAUUCACUAAUUACUUAAGGUCAUAGGAAAGUAUUAGAUUUUUUUUUAAAAGGUUAUGGAAAUUUCAGCUUUACUUUUGAUUGGUUGUUAGUUUGCAUAUAUUUUUGUAACCUGUACUCGCAAUGACUUCUCAUCAGUUAGGACUGACCGACAUUUCCUUUUAGUUUACAUCCAGGUUUUAAAUUUCACCUCCGCUUACUGCCUUUUUGUUUUGCUGCUUUUGUCCAUCAAACACGAUCUGUGAAUGUAUGUUUUGCAUUCAGGAUAUUUGUGCAAAUGCGUCUUUUUUUUCAUUGUUCUGAAUUAUUGCCUCAAAUUUAGGGAAAUGUAUUUAUUUGAGCAUUAAAUGUCAAUUUAAGACUGGCUUAACUUGCGCACAGACCUUCUGAAAUCAUUUGUGAAUGGAUGCAUCGGUAUCCUGGUACUGAGCCUGUACACUUCUGUUCAUGAAGUGCAGCGGUGGUUAGUGAUGACCUGCUGGACAAAUUUAAGAGUUUAAUUUGUUUGAAAUAUACACCCCCACUUAGAACGGAUGGUUUUCAAAAUUUAAUAUAUUUAUUGAGCCUUUUUGUACCUGAGGAUUUUACCUUUUCAGCAAGUGGUCUGAAUGUUAAAGUACUUUAGUACUGGUUGCUUCCAAAAUGACUGAAACUAAACCAUACAGAUUUGAAAUGAGUGUUUUUUCAGUUAUUCCCUGUUAAUUUGAUGCUUCUUCUGUAACAUAUGGCUUGUGCACGUUGUGCCAAGAACAGGCUUUACAAAAGUCCUGCUGUUUGAUUUCUUUUUUUUAGGACCGUUGUUUAUGAGCCAAUAUACAAGAUCUUGGAAAAGAUCCAAAGUAUUGAACCUUCAAAAAGCACUUUUCCUGCUGCGCUUAGGUGGAAAAAUAAAAACCCUUCACAGGUUUGUCUCAGCUUUUACACCAAAGCUAUUAAAAUGUAAUUGGUGGUAGCUUUAGAUGGACAUGAGAAACAACUGACAUCCAACGGAGUCUCGUAUGCGUGUGGUCCCUGAAUGUAUGCGUGUGUGACUGAUUCAUAUUUGACGCUGUAGUGUUCUUGAUCCCAUCGAUUCCUGGGUAAACGUGAAUGCCUUGCACAAGAAUAAAUUCAAAGUAAUUUC